AUGUAUGUAUGCAUUUAUGUAUGUAUGUGUGUAUGUAUGUAUGUAUGUAUGUAUGUAUGUAUGUAUGUAUAUGCUUAUGUGCAGUUGUAUCUAUCUUUGGCAAGCUACUUAGCUGUUGCUUUUACUGAGCAUUCUUUCAUUUGCUCCACCUACUUCUUCUACGUCAAUGAUCUGAUCCUGGUUUUACGUCACUGGAUGGUGACUAUCAGGCGAUAG